UGACUCGACUAAAUCCCUCUUCCCCUUCUCUUUCUGAAAAUAAAAUUCGUCUACCUAAAAAUCAAGAAACGUAACGCUAAAAUUGCUAAAACUAAUGCCAACAUCAUCAUCAUCAUCAUCAUCAGCAUCAAUUCAAGCAAGAAACAAGAUCAACUGUCCCAGGCCUCAGAAAAAGAGACUCAGGAGAGUGGUUGGGACUUGAUCCCAAAGGUAUAGGUGGCCGCCGGCCGGGCCAGUCCAUCGUGAAGCCUCCAGUCGUCCAAACGUGCUCCGUGCAACCGUUAAACUCCCCAUGUGCCCCUGAUACUUUGACACCGGCUCACCACUCAUUCAAAUCACCAGCUUAUCACCACGCAGGUCACUUAUACUUUUACUACCGUCAACACGACACCAAUCACUCAUUCGCUGACCCUCCGACCGUCACAAUCUCAAUUACUAUUUAUUUAUUUAUUUUUUUUUUUAAUUUAUCCUUCAUUGUGAAUUUGUGAUUUUUUUAAUUUACUCCAAAUAAUCAGCAAUUUUUUUUUUUUUAACGUGGGUUUGAUUUUUUUAAAAUUACGAAAUGUGAGUUGGCUUGAAAACAGUGUCAGUGUUUUUAUAAAAAAAAAAUAUAUAUAGUAUCAUUAAUUAGUGUCUACUUAAUAGUUUUAACAUUUAAUUGGAAUUUUUAUUAAUUGAUAUAAUCAAUUAACAUGUGCGACGAUAAAUUUUAAAAUCUUGGUUACGAUUGCGUAUUUUCCAACUUUCCAAACAUACCACAAGUCGAAGUAAUAUAUUAUUUUGUGCCACUGAGAUAAAAUAUAUAGAUAUAUAAAUAAUAAUAACAAUUAGAAACAAGGAUAUAAUUGUUUGAUGAAAUCAUUAAUUAGUGAUUGUGAUGUAAGAGAUGCGUCGCGGUGACAUCGCGGUGAUCGCGAUUGCGCUCAUAAUUAUUGGGCUAAUUCAGGGCCCUAAAGAAACAAGGGUAGUUGGUGCGGUAGUUGUCGGGGCUGCGGUGUGUGGUCGCAUCCCAGGACUCGCUAAAAGCCAACGUGAGCAGUGUAAAAAAAUGCCACAUGUCAUGCCAGCCGUUGGAGAAGGUGCCGAACUGGGGUUACGUGAGUGUCGGUAUCAAUUUCGUCAUCACAGAUGGAAUUGUACUCAUGUUGUUAAUGACAGAAUUUUUGGCCAUGUUGUUGUUGUUGGUAGCAGAGAGGCUGCAUUUACAUACGCAAUAAGCUCGGCAGGUGUAACGUAUGCUGUAACUGCGGCUUGUAGCCGAGGAAACAUCACAGCCUGUGGUUGUGAACCGACUGUAAGAACUAGGAAAGCCGCCCCACCGAGUGGGUGGGAAUGGGGUGGAUGCAGUGCGGAUGUAACAUACGGAAUGAGGUUCGCGCGUAGGUUUCUUGAUGCACGAGAGGUGGAAGGUGAUGCCAGAAGUCUUAUGAAUCUGCAUAACAACAAGGCCGGAAGAAAGAUUGUAAAGGCAAUGCUACAAACAGAAUGCAAAUGUCAUGGGGUAUCUGGUUCCUGUACAGUACGAACUUGUUGGCGAACUUUGCCGAGCUUCCGACAAAUCGGAGAUGCUUUGAUGAAAAAAUAUUAUCGCGCAAGACCUGUUAUGGCAAUUACCCCACCAUCAACACCAACACUUACGAUUCAGAACUCGGAUUAUCUGGAUCAGUCGUCAAUUGAAGUGGUCCCUAUUAUGGGCAACGAUGCGAAAUCACAAGGAAAACUUAAUGAAAUUAGUUCGAAUGGUCGAACUGACAGGUCUUCAAAGAAAUCCGGAAACACUAAAAGACCACAUUUAAUAUUAAAGAGAACUAAAGUUAACAGUGGCCCGGGGAUAAGCCAGAAGAGGAUUCCCAAAAGAAGUGAGCUUGUCUUUCUUCAGCCAUCUCCCAAUUAUUGCGAGCCAGAUUUAACUCAAGGAAGUCUAGGCACCCAAGGGAGGUCUUGCAAUCGGACGAGUAAAGGAACUGACGGAUGCGACCUAAUGUGCUGUGGACGAGGAUACAACACCCACCAGUACACAAAAACUUGGCAGUGCAGAUGCAAAUUUCACUGGUGCUGUCGAGUAUUUUGUGACACUUGUACAGAACGUACCGAAGAGUACACUUGCAAAUAAUAAAAUUAUACGAUUAAUAAAAAAAAAAAAAGUUAACUAUUGUUAACUUUUUUUUUUUCAUGACACGGCUGUACAAUAAUUGCGUUUUUUAUUAAUCAUAUAUUAAUAAUUAUUUUUUAUAUCGUCGAUUAUGUACCUACGUAAUUUUUAAAUUAAUUAAUAUUAUUAUUAUUAUUAUAAUUUAACGAUAAAUAAUAAUUUUAAGAUACCCUGAAAUUAUCAUAUUAAUUAUUUAUUAAUGCGGAGAUAAAUUAUACUCUCAUAUUAUAUAUUUUAAAUUGUAUUU